AUGGAUCUUCCAGUUGUGUUUGAUUCAGACGAUGAUGAAAUGGUCUCCCACAAACUAGAGCAAAUGAGGAGUAUAUUGGAAGAGGCGAUUUUGGAAACGCGCAGCAUGACUCUCGAAAAUCGACCGCGACUUCCCCGUAUACCCCUAAGCAAGCGAAAUCGGGCUGUCGUGAGGGCUCUUAACCCAAUGCUGGUAACCUACUUGGAAGCCAUCCGGGACAUUUGCGAGACGGACUCAGUUCUUUUUGGCGCCGCAGUGGCAGCUUGCCGUAUAAUUGGCGCCAAACUUCCCAUGGCUGGACGCGCUACUAAACAAAGUAGCGAAAUCCCAGCCUGGAGAAAAAGAAUUGAGGACCGUAUCGCAAAGGAAAGGCACUUAUCGGCAGACUGA